AGCGUCACGUGUUCAGCUUAGCGUCACGUGUUCGUGACGUCACCCGAGGCCGCAACUUGGAACUAGCAGCAUGGUGUAAAAUUCCGGAAAUACGCACAUAUAGUGCCGGAAAUUGAUAUUUGGCACGAGUGUGGAGUAGAAACUCUUUCGAUUCAGGAGAGCUGGUAGACAUAGCUGAUAAAUUGGCCACACUUGAGGGACUAAAAGUAACUGUUGGAUAACUAAGAAAACACACCAAAAAAGUGCACAAUGCCCAUUGUGGAGAAACUGAAGGAUGCACUGAAGAAUGCUAAAAAUGACACUGAAGAUCCAGAGCUGGGGAAGUUGCUGGCCUCUUCUGCAAAGAAAAUCCUUCUCCAGAGAAUUGUGUUUCAUCCAGCCAGCAGUAAUUUGUGCUACCAGCUGAAGGCACUGAAGAGCAAAUAUGUAUUUUUGAGCCCACAAUCCCAGAUAGCCAUUUAUAAUGGAAAAACUGAUGGGAUUCCAACCCUACACCAGUGUGUCAGUGUCUCAUCUGGACGGUCAGAUGGUGUUCCUGUUCCUCAAAAAAUUCUGUUUCCAGCUGACAAAUUGUCCAUGAAAUGGGAUCGAAUCUCCAGGGUUGGGGCAGGGCUUCAAAAUCUAGGCAAUACUUGCUUCCUCAAUGCAACCGUUCAGUGUCUCACAUACACUCCUCCACUUGCUAACUACUUGUUGUCUAAGGAGCACACCAGCAACUGUCAGCAAAGUGGUUUCUGUAUGCUUUGCAUUAUGCAAAAUCAUCUGAUUCAAGUGUUUGCUAACAGUGGAAAUAAUGUAAAGCCAGUUUCUUUCAUUCGUGAGCUGAAAAGAAUUGCACGUCAUUUUCGAUUUGGGAGCCAGGAGGAUGCUCAUGAGUUUCUGCGCUACACUAUUGAUGCCAUGCAGAAGGCCUGUCUUAAUGGAUAUGCAAGACUGGAUCGGCAUAGCCAGGCAACUUCUUUGGUGCAUCAGAUAUUCGGGGGCUAUUUACGGUCUCGAGUGACCUGCUCAAUUUGUAAGAAUGUAUCUGACACCUACGAUCCCUAUCUGGACAUCGCUUUGGAGAUACGGAAUGUACCUAAUAUUGUCUGUGCGCUAGAAAUGUUUGUUAAAUCCGAUAUACUGAGUGGAGAGAAUGCCUACAUGUGUGCAAGGUGCAAGAAGAAGGUUCCAGCAAGUAAGAGGUUCAGUGUGCACAGGGAUUCCAAUGUUCUUACUUUGUCUCUUAAGCGUUUUGCUAAUUCUAGUGGAGGUAAAAUCACCAAGGAAGUUGGUUACCCAGAAUUCUUGAACCUUCGCCCAUACAUGUCACAGAGAAAUGGAAAUCCUGUCAUGUAUGCACUUUAUGCUGUCUUAGUACACUCUGGCUACAGCUGCCAUGCAGGACACUAUUACUGCUAUGUCAAGGCCAGUAAUGGUCAGUGGUUCCAGAUGAAUGAUUCCCUCGUUCAUGCCAGUAAUAUCAAGGUUGUUUUAAACCAGCAAGCCUAUGUUCUAUUCUAUUUAAGGGUUUCUGAAAACAGGAAACAUGACAAUUUGACAAGUAAGCUGCAAGUUAGACAUAGUAUUCAUGCCAUUCCUUCUUCAGCUAACAUAACAAAGAACCACUCAUCCCUGUAUGAGGAAAAGGGGCAGAAAGGAAAAAACCUUUCAUCCCAGGAAGAAUCAGGAAUCCCAGUUCUGAGAAAAUUGUCACCUUUUAUUACCAAAGGCCACAGCAGCGCAAAUCCUUUACGAACCUUGAGCGAUGGCAUCUGCACCAAGCCAAAUUCAAGUUCCCUCAGUAUUCCGUUUUAUGUGCAUAAUAAUAUUAGCAAUGACAAGAAGCCUCUCCAAACUCAGCAGAAGAUUGUUCCUAGUAAGAAUAGGAAGCUGAAUGUAAAAACUGCCAAAUCUGUGACAUGUUCUGCAGCAGAAGAAAGCCAUGCAACACCCUUGAGCCCCCACUCAACCAAGAAUGUGAUGCCUACAGCUAGUACAUCGGAGAGCUUAAGUCAAACCAACAUUUUGAAAUCAACAUCUCCUACACUAGAGAGUGAAUGUGAAGACACAAAGGGCGCUGUAUUACAGAAGAGGAGCAAAAAUCACAUACCCUUACCCAUACCAUCUUCUCUCACCACUGGUUCUACUCAUCUAGGGUCUCUUGACUUUGACUCCACUUCAUCUCAACAGCUCCAUAAUCAUCGAGAAUGUAAGGAGGUGUACGUUGGAAGCCGUGCAAGCUGUUCCUUUAAAAAAACAGAGAGACAAACCAGUCCAGGAGAAACCCCACACAUCACUCCAGAAAAUCAAAUUUCUAAUACUGUCUUCAACUAUGAGGCCUCAUCUUCCCUUUCUCCUGACAAAUGUUCAGGUUCAAAGUGUGGUAUGAUAGAGUACAAGAAAAGGAAAAAUAAUUCUAAAUUGAAAGAUAAUGACAGGACUUUUACAGAAGGCAGUCCAGCAAAGUUGUUAAAAAAAACCAAUGUCCAUUUAGAAUAUAGUGAACAGAACAUGGUCCCUCAGACAGAAGAAGAGCAAGCCCAUCAAUCCGGUCAAACGAAGACAGAAAAUUAUAGUCCAUCAGUCGCAUGUUACACCUCUGAAUUAGAUAUACAGUUACCAAAGCCUGUUGAACAUUUCCAGAAGAAGGAUAAGCAAAAUAUCAAUGAAAAAAAAAUCCAACACGUGGAGGGCACUGUUCUGCCACCACCUGACAGCAUUCCUACAGAUUGUGACAAGGAGUCUAAAGUGGAUCAUAUUAUUAGGGAAAGCAAGAAGAAAAAGAAACAGCCAAAUCAUGUACUGCAUCUGGAGAAAGAGCAGUACACCACAAAUGGAAAUAUGACACGGGAUGAAGCCCCUGUAUUUGUAUGGGACAGCAAAAUCCGCAGUGUUGAUAGGAAAAAUCUGUCUGCUGCACAAAUUCCUGUUAUGGCAAGCAAUAAAGGGAACGAGUCUCGGCAUGUAACAGAGGAAUUACUUAAAAAUUCCAGCAACAAAGCAUACAGCAAACAAGUGCUUACCUGGAAUGAAGCAGUAUCUGAUGUCAGCUGUGAUGCAAUAUCCUGUGUUAAUGAAACCAAAUACAAUACGGUGAUAGAUGAAUGGGAUGAAGGUUUUGACAGCGGAAAGAUAAAGAAGAUGAAAUUCAAACGGGACAGAUGGAGGACCAGGAAUGUUUUCCAAACCCUGCAAAAUCGGCGCAACUUCUGGUCUGUUAUGCACCCCCGGCAAUUCUCAAGACCAGUAUAUAGGUUUUGAUCAAGCAGGCCAAAGUAUUAAAAGGAAAAAGAAAACUGCUUUCUUGAUCUGUGUUGUACAUGUUAUUUUAACAUCUUUAAAGAAUUCUGUAUUUAAAGGCUACUCCUUAUGUGAACCAUUCACUAUUAUAACAUAUUCAUAUUAUUUAAUUUAAGCCAUAUGAUACACAUAGUACACAGCACAGGAAAUACUAAUAACUGUAACUUGUUUGUUUUACUGUACAAGCACUCCAAAACACAAUUCUAAUGGUCCGUAUAUUUACUGCAUAUUGUGCAAUUACUAAAUCACUAGCCUAAUUUAAUUAAUUGGCAAUAUACUUUUUCUUAAGCAACACAAAUAGCUAUAAAAAUAUUUAAAGCCUCAAUUGGUCGUUAAAAAGUAGUAUAUACAAAUGGGAAGAUUAUAUACAGAUGAAAAGUAAGCUAUAUACAAAUGCAGUUUUUUCAUGUUCAAUCUGAUCCUGGUUUGAAGCAAUUCCAAAAUGAUGGGACUAUGUAAUAAAAGGUACAAAUUUUGCUAACGAUCACCUACAGCAACCAAUAAGUAUUUAUGGUCACCUGUUUAAAAUCAGACAUCUAAUUGGUUGCUAUGGGGUACCUCACCUAGGCAAUCUUAGUGUCUUUUAUUACAUAUGGGGUUAAUCAAGAUUUAAUCAAGCUUUUUAAAAAUUAUGUAGAAAUUACAAAAGUUUGUACUGUCAACAUGCAAAUGCAUAGCAUUACUUUCCAUCUGUGCUUUAGAGCUUUAAUAAGACAUUGAUAUUCUUAGAAUAUUUGCAAUUGGUCAUCCUUGUUUUCUUUAUGCUAUAUCAGUCUAGAAAUGUAAAAUAUGCUACGGUUGUGACAAGUUGGUGCCCUAAACCAGAAGCUAAUUUUAGGCUAAAGGGAAACUAAAUUCUGAAAAGCUUAUUAUGAUUGUCUUUAUGCUCUUAUAAUCCUAUACUCCUGUAACCUGUAGAACCACGAACUGUCUUUAAAAUAAUCCUUUUGAAACCUAUACCAAGUAAUGUUCUCUGUUUUGUACAUUAAGUUUUAGAGCUCUGUGACUAAUGACCAAUUGCUUUGCCUUUAUGCUCAUGGCUUUAAAUGGCCAUAAAUCACCUAAUUGACUUCUAAUAUCCUUCUUGUAUAUGAUUUUAAAAUUAUUUCUUACAUAAAUAUAUUAGCUGGCAAGCAGAUUUUUCAGUUGCUUGCAGAAUGGGAAUAGGCAGAAUAGAAACUUAUCAUUCAAAAACUAUAAUUCAAAAUUAAAAUGAAUUUAAAAUUGUGUAUAAUACACCCAUCUACAACAUCAAAUCAAAAGUGAACUUUCUCUUAAAGGGAUAUCAUCUUCCACUUUCAUGUAUUCUAUAUAGUUUAUUACUGCAAAUUCUAAUUAACUAAUGUUUGGUGUUUUCUGACAAUAAAUAUAUACAGUUUUCAUAAAA